GCCCAAACUAAAAUUGAACCCUAUAACAAAAAACGACACUUUCUCUCUCUAGAAAGCAAUUUCACCUCCGCAACACCGUCAAUCACCCUCCCUCUGUUCUCCACAACCCACGAAACACCGCCCUUCCAGUGGGGUGGCCAAGAUCAGUUCGAAGUCUGCUUACCCUGAGCAAACGCUAAAAAGAAAACCGUUUUGUCUCGACUCUUGUGUGGGCUGUGAUCAAUGGGGACCCCAGAAACAUCUAGAGAGCCAUGCCCUGACCGAAUCCUUGACGAUAUUGGUGGAGCUUUCGGCAUGGGUGCAGUUGGUGGCUCAGCCUUCCAUUUCUUGAAGGGAAUAUACAACUCCCCAAAGGGCGAGCGUUUCAUCGGCGGCUCACAAGCGGUUCGAAUGAACGCACCACGAGUGGGCGGCAGUUUCGCGGUGUGGGGUGGGCUUUUCUCCACUUUCGACUGCACUAUGGUGUACCUCCGCCAGAAGGAGGAUCCGUGGAACUCCAUCGUAGCGGGUGCAGCCACUGGCGGCUUUCUGCAAAUGCGUCAGGGAUUGGGUGCCGCCUCUAGAUCGGCAGCUUUCGGUGGUGUACUGCUUGCUCUGAUUGAAGGAGCUGGAAUUAUGUUGAAUAAACUUAUGAGUCCACCGCCGGGUUUACCAAUGGAGGAGCAGUUGCCGAAUGUGGCUGGUAUGCCUCCUGGAUAUCCGCCCAUGGGGCAAAUUCCUGGUCAAGCUCAGGUCAAUGCCGAGAGCUUGGGUUCGUCCACGUCGUCAUCUUCUUGGUUUGGUGGUCUUUUUGGGGGUGAGAAGGAGGAGGCUGGACCGAGUGAUGGAAGCAAGACAAAGGUUUUGGAGAGCUUUGAUGCUCCAGCUCCACCGUCUUUCGAGUACAAAUAAGUUUGAAAACGGGUUAUUUUGGCGAGUGAGGAUCUGAGUUUUUUCAUCUAUCUAUUGUGUGCAUGUGCUGAGACGUAUUCAUCUGCUCUAAUGGAAUUGGACUUCGGUAGGGGAAUCUAAGCGAGCUUUGGAGGUUGAAAUGGUUAGAGAAACCGAAACUGUUUGUAAUAAAUUAUAAGCUUCGUUUUGACUCUUUCUUUUGUUUGAUUAUCUAGUUUCGUUAUUUAUCGACUUCUAUAUUAUGGGUUUUUUAGGUGCCUCCCAUCUGUAUAAACUUCAGAAUCUAUUUAUGAAUUCUACGCUUGUAGUGCCUUGUUAUGUAAGGUUUUUGUUGGGCUUGCACCAGUUCUUACACUGGUAAACUUC